AUGACCAACUCUUACCUUCCAGCCUCCUUCACAGGAAUCCUCUCCUGGCCUGUCCGCCGAGACGAUGCCCCCGAGUCCAAGAGCGACCGGAUCCUCACCAUGGGUAUUGUCGGCGGCAUCAUUCUUCUCUUUAUCGUGCCUCCUACCUGGUGGUUCAUUGCUCGGACCAUUCGGCUUCGAAGGGCGAGGGUUAAGGGGAAGGAUGUUGAGCAGGGUGUGCAGACUCAGGGACAAACACGAGCAACAUCUGCAUGGACUGUGAACGGCAGUCAUCAGGCUGCAUACUCAGAGCAGUAUAUAACUACUCACAUCUCCCUUCACUUGACUCUCAUCACUCAUCAACACAUCACAUAA